AUGGUGGUGGUAGUGGCACUAGUGGCAGUGAACCCUGAAAGGGGGGUUUAGAGGCAUCAGUGCCAUUGAUCAGCUGGUGGUGACGGCCGGCGGACCCUCGCACCUGUCUCCAUCAUGGAAUAAUACAAUGUUAUGUUACGGAGGCCGGAGUUCUUGCCUAACUAACAAGCCUUCAAGAUGAUGAGUGGGGAGUCAUAUGGCCGCUUUGGACUGGAAGAUGACGAUGACGAUGAGCAUGACGGCCCAGGACGCCACAUGUCUCCCCCAGAAGACCCCUGGAACCUGAUCUAUUUUGCCUUGGUAUUAGCUGGUGUUGGCUUCCUUCUGCCAUACAACAGUUUCACCAUUGCUGUUGAUUAUUUUAAAGAACGUUAUCCUGGGACAACAAUUGUGUUUGAUAUUUCAAUCGUGUACAUCUUUGUUGCGUUUGGUGCUGUACUUGUCAACAACUUGCUGGUGGAACUGGUGCCUCUCAACGUAAGAAUUAUAUUUGGCUAUGUUGUGUCUCUGUUGAUGCUGAUCUUUGUUAGCUUUUUUGAAAUCUGGUGGCCUGAUACCUUCAUGGCCAGUAUCUCGUACAAAAUUACACUGUUUUCAGUUUCUGUGGUGGCCUUUGGUUGUACAGGUACGGCGGGACUGAUCAUUUCUGGGAAUCGUAUAGUGACAAAAUUGCUGUUGGAUGACCAGCGGACCAACACCAUGAUCUUCUUUGUCAUCUCCAUUGCCUUUGUCUUCCUCUGCCUCAUCACACAUAUUGCUGUUCAGAAGACAACAUUUAUUCAGUUCUAUCUCAAUUUAUGUCGAACCAGUGAAGACACUGAUGAUCUCAAGAGAAUUACCCUGGAGCCAUCAGAGGAUGCCAUACUUGUUGAUGUAGCUGGUGGAUUUGGUGUAGGCAGUGUGAACAGCUCCUAUGGUGGGACAGUGACACCCUCAGACUCAACUGCCACUUUCCAGUCUACAGCCACUCUCCCCAUCUCUGCAUCCGUAGAUCCUGUCGACUCGUCAGCUCCGAGUUAUAGAGUUGAACAUGUAAUUAUGGGGAGAGUGAGAGGAGGCUACUCAUCAACAUAUACCAGGUCUAUCAGACUUUGGUCAGCAAUUAAAAGAGGCGUAAUAGCUCGUUGGCAGGUUAGUCGCAAUGUAUGGCAAUACAUGCUGUCCAUUGCCCUUGCGUAUUUUGUGACCCUGUGCUUGUAUCCGGGCAUAGAAACAGAGGUGGUGUCUUGCCGUCUGCACACCUGGAUGCCCGUCAUCAUGAUGGCAACGUUUAACCUUUUUGACUUCAUUGGCAAGAUUCUUGCAUCAAUACCAUAUGACUGGACACGCAGACAACUGGUAAGCGGUUCUUUAGUUCGUAUAAUGUUGGUGCCAUUUAUGAUGAUGUGUGCUGGACCUCGGCUGUCACCUAUCAUCCCUGGUGAAGUCACUCCACUUAUUCUCUCUGCUGUACUGGGGCUCUCCAAUGGUGUCCUGGGCUCUGUUCCUAUGAUCCUUGCUCCAACCAAAGUACAGGAUGAACAUCGAGAACUUACCGGUAAUAUCAUGACACUUUCAUACUACAUAGGACUGACACUUGGUGCUAGUAUUGCCUAUGGCUUGGAUGAUAUUUUGGGUCAGCCACUACUUAAUCCUUGUGGAGGCAAAGAUCUAGGCUCUAGCUUAAACAAAAUAAUUUUAAAAUCAACAGCUGUCGCAGAAUUAACAUCCACGCCACAAAUUCCAUUCCAAAGUGUGUACAACAUCUCAAGAGAGGGAGUGAAGAAUUUCUUCUGAAGUAUUGUAGUCAAUGUCUGUGUUGAGAAUAGCACAGCACUACUCAUAGUAACUGCCAAAUUAUUGAAUAUAAAUCUUUGUAGGGUAACUGAUUCACUGUCAAGGGUUGGUAAGGGAAUAAAUUUUUAAUACAAAGAGUACUGUCAGAAUUAAGUUGCCAACUAAAUAUAAGAUAUAAUUGUUUAUCACACAAAAAUAUCAAAUGUUGCAGUUGCUGCUUCUGAAUCAUUAUUGUGUAGGUAGUUAGUAGCUGAAACAUAUGUGAAGGUUCUUCAUCUGGUGAAGGCCAAGGAAACUAAUUAUAUUAUAUAAAGUACAUAAACUGAAACACAUUUGACUUGGAUAUAUUAAAAAAAUUAAUUGGUAUUUAGUAGAUUGGUAAGUGCAGUAAAAGUCCUGUUAUCAAACUAUAGUUGAACUUUGUUAAUCUGUAGUUCAAUACAGUGAACCAGUAAUAUAUAUAUAUAUAUAUAUAUAUAUAUAUAUAGAAAAAUUGGAUAUCAAAUUGGAGAGGAGUAGUAUGGAAGAAGUGAAUGUUUUCAGAUACUUGGGAGUUGACGUGUCGGGGGAUGGAUUUAUGAAGGAUGAGGUUAAUCAUAGAAUUGAUGAGGGAAAAAAGGUGAGUUGUGCGAUGAGGUAUAUGUGGAGUCAAAAAACGUUAUCUAUGGAGGCAAAGAAGGGAAUGUAUGAAAGUAUAGUAGUACCAACACUCUUAUAUGGAUGUGAAGCUUGGGUGGUAAAUGCAGCAGCGAGGAGACGGUUGGAGGCAGUGGAGAUGUCCUGUCUAAGGGCAAUGUGUGGUGUAAAUAUUAUGCAGAAAAUUUGGAGUGUGGAAAUUAGGAGAAGGUGUGGAGUUAAUAAAAGCAUUAGUCAGAGGGCUGAAGAGGGGUUGUUGAGGUGGUUUGGUCAUUUAGAGAGAAUAGAUCAAAGUACAGUGGACCCCCGCAUAGCGAACUUAAUCCGUGCAAGAGGGCUGGUCGUUAUGCGAAAUGUUCGCUAUGCGAAUUAAUUUUCCCCAUAAGAAAUAAUGGAAAUAAAAUUAAUCCGUGCAAGACACCCAAAAGUAUGAAAAAAAAUUUUUUUACCACAAAAAAAUGUUAAUUUUAGUACACACAAACUGAAAAAGGCAUGCACAAUUACAUGACACUUACUUUUAUUGAAGAUCUGGUGAUGAUUGAUGGGAUGGGAGGAGGGGAGAGAGAGUGUUAGUGUUUAGAAGGGGAAUCCCCUUCCAUUAGGACUUGAGGUAGCAAGUCCUUUUCUGGGGUUACUUCCCUUCUUCUUUUAAUGCCACUAGGACCAGCUUCAGAGUCACUGGACUUCUUUCGCACAACAUAUCUGUCCAUAGUGGCCUGUACCUCUCGUUCCUUUAUGACUUUCCUAAAGUGUUUCACAACAGUGUCAUUGUAAUAGUCACCAGCACGGCUUGCAAUAGCUGUGUGAGGGUGAUUUUCAUCAAAAAAGGUUUGCACUUCAAGCCAUUUUGCACACAUUUCCUUAAUCUUUGAAGUAGGCAAUUCCUUCAAUUUCUCUCUCCCCCUCCUCUGAACCAGUUUCCCCAGGUCUGGCCUCUUGCUCUUGAAGUUGAUCUAUCAGCUCAUCAGUGGUUAGUUCUUCAUUGUCCUCCUCCACCAACUCUUCCACAUCCUCCCCACUAACCUCCAACCCCAAGGACUUCCCCAAUUCCACAAUUGAUUCCUCAACUUGUAUACUACUCCUCUCAGGGUU